GGCCACGACUUAUCUAUUCAAUCUUCAUUUUCAUUUUUAUUUUUUUUCAUCUCAUUGUCUCACCUAGAGCGUUGAAUGCACGGCCCUACACUAGCGCGUGAAACAACCUCCCACUCCCAUAGAGCCAGCCACCUUCUUUCUUACCCUGUUCAAACAAACAAAGAAAAAAUCCGCAAAAACAAGAAGGAACGAAGAAAGAAACAACCCUGAAACUAACGAACCCUUGAAUCCGCCAUGAGCGACCACCAUCCUCGGUUGCACCACCUUCGUUCAACCUCUCACCUCUUGAAAGAAUCAUUCUCCUCUUUCUCCUCCAAUUUCCUCACAUUUUUGUUCCUUUCUCUUUUAACUCUUUCUUUUCGCACCCUCGUCGAAACCGGCACCGCCCAUGUCACCUCCUUCAUCGACCGCGACCCUUCCCUCCGCGCCCUCCUCUCCCGCCUCGACCUCGCCGGAAACUCCCACAAUCACCACAACAGCAACAACGGCCACCACGACCUUCCUUCUCCGAACAACCUCCGCCACCGCCGCCGCCCCUUCCUCCACCUCACCCGCGUCGGAACCCUAGACGACGAUUUCUUCUCCGGCGACGACGACGACGCCCGCUCCCUCUUCGGCUCCAUCCCCAAACCCUCCUCCAACGCCACCCUCCUCGCCCUCUCUCCCUUCAAAACCACCUCCGCCUUCUCCGAUCUCCUCGCCGACGACGGAAUUAGGGUUUCCCAAGUCAUCCGCUCUGGCACCACCUUCAACACUCAAGGAUUAUCCUCCUUAUCGUCGCACCACGACGACGACGACGACGACGACGACAGCGAGGAGAAGGAAGAACCGAAGAAAGAGAAGGUUGAUUUGCAAUUCUUCGUGAAGGGGAUCGAGGUGGGCCGCCGCGACGCUGCGGCUCUCUUCUUUCUGGUGAGUUUCCUCUCCGCCGCGUACGGAUGGGUGAUCCUCGUUUUCCUCGUGACGUAUUCGUGGGUGUUGGGCGUCGUUUUCGUUUCCGUCGUGAACGAUCUGUUGGGUAGGUUUAGUUCCGUCACCGUUUUGGUUUGGGAAGGUUCGAGAUUAGGUCUGAAGAGGCUUUCGGGGUUUAUUCUGAUGCGUUGGGCUGUGAGGGACGCGUUGACUCAGCUUCUAGGGUUGUGGUACUUUGGAGAAAUUGAGGAUCAGUACUCGUUUUUCAAGCUCUUUGUUAGGUUAAAGUUGAUGCCUUUCUCGAUUAUGUCCCCUUGGGUUAGGGGGUUUGAGAGGGAGAUUUCUGGGUUUUUGUUUACUUGGUUUUUGGUGGAUACUUUUGUGGCUUUUAUAUUCUCUGUGGAUGCUUGGGUUGCCAUUGUGGACUCGAGGAAGAGUGGGAGGGAGAUUGUGAAGGAAGGGUGUUAUUUGAUAUCCACUAUGUUGAAUCAGGCUAUUCAGGUUAAGUGCUUGGAGGCUAUACUUUGUGGGUCCUUUGUGAGGUGGGGUUUGAGCCGGGUUUGCGGGAGGUCGUUCGCCAAGAUGUUUCAGUCCACCAUGGAGGUUUACUUCAUGGUGACUUGGCUUUUGUUUUACUUUGCGGCGCGGUGUAAGGACGCCAAUCUUCAUGGUAGGAGGUUCGGGCAGAGGGAGUUGGAGGGCUUGGUUGAAGGUCACAGAUGAUGCUUGAUAGUGGUUGGCUUUGGAUGGAUGUGGUUUUAUUUAUUUUUUAAUUGUGAUGCACAAGUAGCAGCAGCAAAUAGCAAUGUUUCACUGGUUCUUUGUGUCUCCCACUUUUUGCAGUCAAUGUUGACUGCCAUUCUAUAGUUUUUGUCACCAACGAUGAUGUCUUGAAUAUGUACUUCACCAGAAGGCUGAUAUAAUUCUCGUGUAUAUUCUGAAUGAGGGUAGUUCUUAUGUAUAUUAUUCAUGGAAUUGUUGAAUUAGUUCCUCAAUAUGUGUUGGUGAUAUGAUAGUCACAAUUACAAGGUUUGAGAAAUGAAGAAUGGUAACGAUUUUUCUCCAUGCAACAUGGGGGGGUUUUGUUGUGAUGACAAAAGUUAACUGCGUAGCACUUCUGUUUGUUUGGUGUUAUACUCUAUCCUUUACGGGCAUUUGGUGGCUUGACUUGGACAUCAUCUACAAACAAUGAAAAACACUUUAAUAUGCAGAAAGAACAGCGAAAAUUAUUAGUGAGUUAUGUAUUGUUUUCCUCCCCUUUUAGAAAUUCUCCAAGAAGGAUGUUCAGGCUAUAUUAACUUUUUGUUUGUUUUGUAUGAUUAUCUACAACUUUUUUCCAAACGAGCCUUUACAUAUGCUGUAUGUAUAGAAUCAUCUUGUAGAAAGUUCAUAAAACUUGUUUUGAAUCAUGGAGUUACUUUGGCCAAGUUUGAAUGAGGAAAAAUUUAGGCUGAUAAGUGAUAACAAAAUUAGGGCUGUAUGAGAGGGGCUUUCCAAGUGUUGAAAUUAAUUGUUGAAGAGCUUUGUGUUUAGUUCUACAAAACGGAUGUUUGUAUAGUCAAAGUAAAUACUUGAUGUUUUC